GCCUCCUUUCCGUUUCCUGUUUGGGGCCCGGAGGCGGGGAGCGCAUGGAGACCAAGGCUCGAGCUCGGCGUGGCACGUCGCCGGGGCGAAAGCGGCCCCGAGCGGGAAAAGGGUGGUCGGAGGAGGCCGCGGACGAAGAUGGCCGCAGGGCUGCCGUCAGGGAGCAGAAGGAGAAGGUCCGGCGGGCUCAGCACUUGGCUCUUCUGGCGGAGACGCCCGCGGCGGAGCGUGGCCUGGAGGAGCUCGUCUUUGGAGACGUGGACGAUGGAGGGGACUUGCUGGAGCGUUUGCGAGGCUCAUCCGCGCAGGUUAGUGAUGCUGUCAGUGGAGACCUUCUUGAAAGAGAGUCUGGUGACUCAGAAGUGGAAAGUGAAACAGAAGACAACUCUCUUUCAUCUAAAAAGCCUGUGUGGGUGGAUGAAGAGGAUGAAAUGGAGGAAAUAAUCGAUAUGACCCAUCGAUAUCGAAAAAACAUGAUGAAAAGUGAUGCAGAAAAGAAGCUUACCAAAAAGAGGCUUCAAAUAAGACUUCAGGAACAAUUUCAGAGGGCAAUGGGAGCAACCCCUUCUUGGGCACAGAGGGACAUACAGAAGAAAGUAAGAAAAAGAAAAAAUGAAGAGGACAGUGAAGAUGAUGAAGAUGAUGAUCUAUUAUGCAAAACAGGCAAUUUUGUGACCAUGUCAGAUUCUCUACCCAGAGGCAUUUUACAGAUGAAAAACUGUUUACAUGCGAAUAAUGAACGUCAGUCAGAUGCAAAACUGACAACUGUACAAUUUCAUCCUUCUGCUCAAGUCAUUAUGACAGCUGGACUUGAUCGGUGUGUCUCACUGUUCCAGGUGGAUGGUGUCUCUAAUCCAAAGAUACAGAGCAUUCAUUUGGAAGAUUUCCCAAUCUACAAGGCACGUUUCAGUGCAGAUGGCGAGCAGGUUAUAGCCACAAGCAUUCGCAGUAAGCUGUUCUAUAUAUAUGACAUGAUGGGUGGAAAGAUUAUUCCUGUAAACCAUAUCAGAGGUUUAGAGGAGAAGUUCAUCAGAAAAUUUGAAGUAUCUCCAGAUGGUACUUUCCUCCUCCUGAAUGGAACAUCAGGCUACCUGCAUUUGUUAACAAUGAAGACGAAGGAGCUCAUUGGAAGCAUGAAAAUAAAUGGGAGGGCUGUAGUAUCAUCAUUUUCUCAAGACGGCAGCAGAAUUUACACACAUUCGGGUGAGGGUGAAGUCUUCAUAUGGGAUGUGAAAAGUAGGCGGUGUCUGAAUAGGUUUACUGAUGAAGGUUGUCUUCGUGGUACGUCUAUUGCCAUUUCCAAAAACAGCCAAUAUGUGGCAUGUGGAUCCAGUUCUGGAGUUGUGAAUGUAUAUGCCCAUGAUGAUUGUCUCAAAGAAACUAGUCCUAAACCUCUUAAAGCUAUAAUGAACUUGGUCACAGCUGCUACAUCCUUAUCCUUCAAUCCCACCACUGAAAUAUUGGCAAUGGCUUCCAAUCAAGUUGACGAUGCAGUGAAGCUGGUCCACCUUCCUUCACUUACUGUAUUCUCAAAUUUUCCUGUAUUCAGAAGAAAGCUAAUAUACUUGGCUAAUUCCAUGGAUUUUUCUCCAAGAAGUGGAUAUUUUUCAAUAGCAAAUAGUAAAGGCAAAGCAUUAUUGUACAGGCUGAAACAUUACUCGGACUUCUAAACUGGUUGCUUUAGAGUGAGAUGGUGUUAACGUGGACUUUUCUGUGAAUUGCCUUGAUGUUUUUAUAUGUAUGUACAUGAGUAUCAAUACAUAUUAUUUUUGGUAACUUACAGAAA